AUGAAACGAUUAACGUCACUUGAUAUUUCUUUCAAUCAAAUUGGUGUACAAGGGGUCAAAUUCAUUAGUGAAAUGAAACAAUUAACAUCACUUGAUAUUUCUUUCAAUCAAGCUAGUGAUGAAGGUGCUAAAUACAUAAGUGAAAUGAAACAAUUAACAUCACUUAAUAUUACUAAUAAUGAAAUUGGUGAUGAAGGAGCUAAAUACAUUAGUGAAAUGAAACAAUUAAUAUCACUUAUUAUAUCUAGGAAUCAAAUUGGUGAUGAAGGUGCUAAGUACAUUAGUGAAAUGACACCACUAGGAAAAUAA